ACAAUGAAAAUGGGCUAAAAGAAGAAAGUAUAGAAAAUAAAAGUCGUCGUCAUAAAUUCCUUCUUCUCUUUACUCACCGUCAAAUGAAUUUCAUAAUACUGGCCAAGACUAAGAAAUUAUUGAACCUCUCAUCAGCUCCAUAUUCUCUGUUAUUCCUCCACACCUACGCAAGUUACAGCGUAGCUAAAGCCGCCAAGCUUCUUCCCCAGACAGGAACCUGCCAAACAUUGACCUCAACCUUCUUCCAGCCUCGAAUCUCUCACACGGCCGCGACACGCUUUCUUCAACGGAAGCGAGGCCUAACCCAUAUCUAUAUCUCACGACAUUGUGUGUGUGUUUGUGUGUCUUAAUCUGCAAUCUGCGAAUCCUUUCGUUAAAAUGCCGCUAGCGUCGGUGUCUUCAACACGAGCAAUGUCGCCUCUUUUCCGCCUCACACUCUCCACCCCCCUCGUGCGCCUAUCGACACGCAGGCCCCUUUCGACAACGAGACGGUUGCUGAACGGUAAUGCCAGCGCAGAGGCAGGGUCGUUACCUGCACAAAAGCCUGUAGGAGCUUUUAGAGGAGGGCUAUUCGGCUUCCUCUUUGGCACUGCGAUAGCGGGUGCCUCGGUAUAUUACUAUAUUCUAGAUGAGUAUAGAGUGUCCAACGAGAUGUUGACGGAAGACAUCUACGCCUUGCAAGCAGCUACGCAACGUCUCAACGCCUACAUUACCGAUUUGGAGUCCAAAAUGGACCAAUUGCAGAAGAGGAAAUGAUGGACUCGUGAGAUAUGUUUUCCAUGAAUUUGCCUGGAUUCGGUGAUGGCCUGAUACGUUCUCGGAUUUUGCUCACAUGCGGCGCCCUUCCCCCUUCUAUCUCUCCCUCUAAACGUUGGAUCAAUUCCUGAGACUUGAAAUAUGCGUCUUUCCAUUUCAACUCAAUUCAAAGGGCUUGCUAUUCAUAUUACAUAUCCGAUUCAGCUUUGCAUGUAACUCCUUCUACUUGGCUCGGUGUUCCGAUUUGCAUUUCUUCCACCUAUCUUCCACCUAUCUCCGCAGAAACCUGUAAUAUUCAUUUUGCUUUAUAGUCAAUACAAUAGAUUAUUCUUUUAUCUUCUCCGG